GUCAAACUGCAACAGGAAGUAUAGUCCUACACGCAGCGAUAUGAGCGAUACUCGUCAUUCAUUGAUCGUUCUUGCUGUUCAGAACAUUCCUGAGUUAAAAACGAUAUAAUGUUGCGAAAAAGGACAGACGGUCAAGAGGGCGAUGGCAACGUUAAAACAGACAAAAAGAAGAAGGCGUCUCCAGGCGAAAGUAAAGUGUCGCAGCAUGCGAACGAGACGACGUGUUGGUCCACGUUGAUUCUGAUGGGAAAGAUUCUACUCCUCAUCAUCUUCGUUCCUCCCUUUCUAAACUAUGCCGCAUUGCAACGAGAGGGACAAAUGUUGUCACCGAAAGGUGGAGAGUCCUUUGAUAUUGGCUUAGGUCAAAAGAUCUACAUGGUGUGCAAGGGAAAAGGACAACCAGUUGUUAUGCUUGAUGCCCCAACUGGCAUGUCUUCAGACAUCUGGCACCAUGUGCAGGAGAGUCUAUCCGAGCUCACAAAGGUCUGCACCUAUGACCGGGUCGGCCUGGGCUUCAGCCGACGGGUGCUGCAGAACGAGACCGCCGGGAUGGAAAAAGUGUGGGGAGUGUCCACCACAGGCAGGAUGGUGGAUGACCUCCAUCGGCUGGUGAAGGUUGCCGAGAUCGCCACUCCCUUCAUCCUGGUGGGCUCGGAGCUGGGAUCUCUUAAUGGACGGUUCUACAGCCACAUCCACCACACGCAAGUGUCUGAUCUGGUGUUGAUCGAUCCCAUCCCAGAGGAUGUCUUUGAGGAGGAGCAGUGGCAGCAAUAUUGGUACUCUCAGCUGGUGCCCUCGCUGCAGAUGCUGCAGUUUGUGGCGGCGGCUGGCCUGAGUCGGGUGCUGAUCAUCUUGGGCCUGAUGAAGCCGGCGCUGCACGACCAGCACGUCUCUGAGGAGCUGCUGCAGAGACAGAAGUACCUUUUGAGUAACCCUGCCCACCAGAGUGGUGCUGUGGAUGAACACUUCUUCCUGAACGAGAGCGCUUCACAAGUCAGGGAGAUCUCCAAGUUUAAGCCCCUCUCCUCCAAGACGUCGGUGAGCGUGAUCACGGGAGACAUCUACGACGAGCAGCUGCCUGCUCACCUCAACCAGGUGGUGGCGGAGCUUCAGAAGCGCUUUGUGGAGCAGUCCUACCCCCAGGCUUCACGCAUCCACGUCCCUGGAGCCGACCGGCGCAUGCUCUACACCCAGCCGGCCGCCGUCAGCAAACAUCUGUGGAUGCUGGUGUCACGCCGGCAGUCCAGAAAACAGAGCCAGUGAAGUGCUCGGCGAUGGUGGGCCUGUGCCUUCCCAAGCCCAAGCCAUGACCUAGGUUUGGGCUGCCCAGGAGGAUGUGUUUGUGGACCAGAAACGGAUUCUGGGGAGGUAAACCACAGACUUACUGGCUAUAAAGGGUACCUGCUUGUUUGAAUUAGGAUUUUGAAGCUUUAAGGCUUGCUGUCAGUGGUGGUGGAUAUGUAAAUGUGAUUUUUUUCUUUUUCAUAUCUGUAAAUAAAGUUUUGCUGUUUUACAGUCAGCGUGAUUGAAGUGACUUGUUUAUUUUUGUGUCAUUUUUUUAAAUUUUUUAUUCCAGUUCAUUUUUUUGUUAUGAACAAAAAAGAGGACAACAAUCAUGAGAACUUAUCCUGAGGAUUGAAGUUUAAUUAUGACACCACAUCAAAAUAAAAAUUUCCAACAGUUCUGGAAUUUAAUUCCAUCCAUAUACAUGCAUAGCAACAAUGUAUUUUUUAAGAAAUAUUUUUUUUCUCCCAUAAGGACAUUGGAAUGAUCAUUGUACAGUACUAUUCCCAACCCACCCACACCCCUCCUUCCCAUUUAUGUUCGUCAACAUCAAUAAACGUACUUCUUUUAAA